AUGGAAUUCCCACAUAUUGGAAAUAAUUGUUCUUACAAAUCUUGCAAUAAACUAGAUUUCCUGCCGAUGAAAUGUGGGGCCUGUAAAGAUGUGUUCUGUUCUGAUCACUUUGCAUAUUCCAAGCAUGAAUGUCCAGAACCUAACACCCGCGAUGUACAAGUCCCAGUGUGCCCAUUGUGUGGUGCUAUUGUUCCGGGUCGACGUGGAGAGCCUCCAGAUGUUGCUGUCGGUGCUCAUAUUGACAACCAAUGUACCUCAGACCCUGCCAGAGAAAGACGUAAGAAGGUGUUUACAAACCGGUGUUCAUUCAAAGGCUGCAAAACAAAGGAGAUGGUGCCACUGGUGUGUGGCGAAUGCGCACUAAAUUUCUGCUUACGCCAUCGUCAUACGGCUGAUCAUCUUUGCGAGGGCAAGCUGGCUGUCAAAAGAAGACAAGCUGCAGACGCAGCUAUGUCGCGUUUAAAAGCAGCCGAGAUUAGAACGCCUUGGAACAAUACUAACAUCACAUCCCCCGUUUCCACAUUCGCCGACGUACAGGGGACCAUGAGCGAGGAUGAGGCGCUGGCGCACGCGCUGGCGCUGUCCCUGGCGGACAGCCCCGAGGGCCGCCGGGGGGAGGGGAGGGGAGCGCAGCCACCGCGGCCCCUCGUGCGGCAGAGGGUCGGCGGAGAACAGAGCUCACGCUGCUCUGUCAGCUAG